AUGGGUCACUUAAGUGGUGCCGGCACACAGCUGCUGCAGGAGUGGCGGGACCUGGGGGUGCUCAGCCUGGCCGUGUGUGACCAAGACGCCCAAGAGGUUCUGGCCGCCAUCAGCGCCGUCCACGUGUCAUUGCCUCGGCUACACAUCCUCUGCCUACACGUCCCCGUGGGUGCCGUGAGGACACAGGCGUGCACCACACGGCUGCCUGGCUGCCCAGGGGUGUUCCUCGUGUUGUCUGGCGUGGACGAGAGGCUGCUGGAGGAGGCGGCCCAGAUAGCACAGCUCCUGCAGCCCACACAGCGCCCACUGGCAGCGGGGAUGGGUCGGAGUGUGAGCCGUGUGAGCGACUCAUCAAAAGCUACCCCAUCUGGUUCCUGCCUGACUUACAGCGAUCCGGCGCCGUUCACCUCCUGCAGGGCAAGGACGAAGGGGUAGGUGGCGUCACUUGUCCGUAUCCGGUUGUGUCGAGUUGAUAGAUGGAGGAAUUGAGUUUUUGAGGCAUUGAACAAUACCAAGUUUGCUCUGCCCCAAUCAGAAAUUUUAGAAAGACCAGAAGUCAAGCGUUCUGUUGCUUCCCUGCGUGAUAUGUUUACCUCCUGAAGGGUUGGACGUCUAUGAAAAGACGUGGAAAAGUGCAGGGUGGUAUCAUCAGCAUAGGAGUGGAUAGGACAAGAAGUUUGGUUUAGAAGAUCAUUAAUGAAUAAUAAGAAGAGAGUGGGUGACAGGACAGAAUCCUGAGGAACACCACUGUUAAUAGAUUUAGGAGAAGAACAGUGACCGUCUACCACAGCAGCAAUAGAACGGUCAGAAAGGAAACUUGAGAUGAAGUUACAGAGAGAAGGAUAGAAACCG